AUUGAGAAUAGCGUUUUUGAGUUGAUGUGUGUAUUCAUAUUCCAAUAUUCUGUUGAAUUGGCCACCGUUUCUUCUGCAUAUUUCAAUUGUGUUUCUCGAACGGUGGCAUUCAAUGGUCGUUCUCUUUUUUUUUUUAUUACCGUGGCUUCCAAACAAAUAAAUUUGCCUUUUCUCUGUAGGUGAUCAGCAAAUAUGUUCGUCAAAAGUGCAAACUGAGCAGAAUACGCGGGUGCGAUAAUCCGGGAAACAAUAGUCUCGUAAACGUGGUCGCAGGGAUAUGCACGUGAAAUGAUUCGGCAGUCUUUUUAGAUUGCAUAAUCUGUUCAUGGCGUGUUCACCUCCUUGUUUUAUGGAAAAAAAACAAUGUAGUGAGCUGAGACUGUACAUAUUAUUUUAUGCAAUUCAAAGAAUCUAUGAUAAAAAAGAUUAUAAAGAGGUUCUCAGUAUCAGUGCAGUUUUUUUUAUUUAUUCGAGGCAAUUUUCCUUGGCACUUCGCUGUCAACGAAAAAGCGUAUUAUUACUGAAAAUGCAUGGUAUAGCCAAAUCUUGCAUUUUCAGUAAUAAUACGCUUGAAAAUAACAAUUCAAUUCUUUUGUACUUUAUUUCAAUACGAUAUAUUUAGUUGCGCUAAGCAUGGCUUCGUACGUAGGCCCAGGAUGUGCUCGGAAUACUCAUUUUCUGUUGGUUAUAUUACUGGGAUAUAUAUUGCAUGGAACAAUCGCACAUGAAGGAGAAGGUGCGGGAAAAGAAAUUUGGAAAAAAUGGUCCGAACAACCGGCUUUAGAACGUGAUAGAAUGUAUUAUGGACAAUUUCCCGAAAAUUUUAUGUGGGGAGCAGCUACCGCUGCAUAUCAAACUGAGGGAGCGUGGAACGAGGACGGUAAAGGCGAAAGCGUAUGGGAUCAUUACACGCAUAAUUCACCCUGUUGGUGGAUGCGGAACAUGACUGGAGAUAUUGCAUGCGACUCCUAUCAUCAGAUGGAUCAAGACGUCGAUGCAGCCGUACAACUUGGUCUUGGUUAUUAUAGAUUUUCUAUAGCUUGGACUCGUAUUGUUCCUGAUGGACGUAACGGCACAAAACCGAACAUGGCUGGAAUUAAAUUCUAUAACGAUACCAUUAACAAACUCUUAGCAGCUGGUGUCCAACCGCUUGUUACUUUGUUUCACUGGGAUACGCCACAAGUCCUUCAAGACGAAUUUGAGGGGUUUGGUAGCAGAAAUAUCGUAGAACAUUAUGCCUACUAUGCAGAUAUAUGUUUCAAAUAUUUUGGCGAUCGUGUGAAGCACUGGUAUACAUUCAAUGAGCCACUGACAUAUUGUUGGCUAGGACACGGCCUUGGUGUCAGUGCCCCGGGGAUGUUUAGAAUGGCAAAGGGUGCUUACGACUGUGGGCAUUACAUGCUUUUGGCUCACGCAACUGCGUAUCACAGAUAUCAGGAUGUGUACAAAGCUACUCAGAAUGGCACAGUAUCAAUUACAAUUAACGUGGAAUGGGCAGAACCUGAAGAUCCACAAGACCCAACAGACGUUGCAGCAGCAGAAAGAUACAUGCAGUUUAAAAUGGGAUGGUUUGCCCACCCUGUGUACGUCAACGGCGACUAUCCAGACAUUAUGAAAGAUCUUGUCAGGAAUAAAACUCAGAAUCAACCUUGCUAUGUUCACUUGGGAUCAAGGUUGCCAGAAUUCACAGAGGAAGAAAAAGCCUAUGUAAAAGGAACAUCUGAUUAUUUUUCAAUGCAAAUGUAUACCUCAAGAUACAUUCAUGAUAUCUACCCACCAGAUUGGUUCGUCGCAGCAAUCGCAGAUCGUAACAACCGACAAAUGUGCGAUCCGAGAUGGGUGCAGUCACCAGGUGCUGGAUGGCUUCGAGCAGUUCCUUGGGGUAUUCGUCGACUUCUAACCUACAUCAAAAAUGAAUAUACUUCAUUGCCAAUCAUGAUUACAGAGAAUGGUGUGGAUACAAACCUAGUUUAUGAUGAUUUUAAUCGGAUUAAUUAUUUCAAAACUCAUUUUAGUGAAUUGUUGAAAGCAAUACACAUUGAUGGAAUAGAUCUGUUUGGUUAUCUGGCUUGGACAUUGAUAGACAACUUUGAAUGGGCUCAAGGAUUUGGCCCAAAGUUUGGAGUUUUCUAUGUUGAUUUCGAGGAUCCUAAUAGACAACGCUACAAAAAAAGAUCCGUUGAUUGGUACAGAGAAGUAACAACAACAAACAGUCUGACAGAACCAGACAGAGAAAAAGUUUUUUACAGGGAAUUUCCGAAAAGUUUCGCUUGGGGAGUAACAACAAAUGCAUAUUCGAUUGAGGGUGGACAUGAUGCAGAUGGAAAGGGGGAAAGUAUUUGGGAUGAAUUCACUGACAGAAUAAUUGGUUCACCUAUAGUAGAUGGAUCAAAUGGAAAUGAUGCGGCAAAUAGUUACAAUAACAUUGAAAGAGAUUUGGAAAUUCUAAAAGAAUUGCGGGUGUCUCACUAUCAUUUCUCCAUCUCAUGGUCUCGGAUUUGGCCAGACAUAGGCUCAUCUGAAGUAAAUCAAGCUGGAAUAGAUUAUUACAACAAGCUGAUUGACGGCUUGAUUGCUUUAGGAAUUACGCCAGUUGUAUCUCUACAUCAUUGGGACCAGCCAACAAGUAUCAGCAACAUCGGAUGGAUAGAUACUAAUGUACACAAGUUAUUCCCUGAUUACGCAAGAGUGUGCUUCCAAAAUUUUGGAGACAGGGUAAAAAUGUGGAUCACACUUAGUUCACCACAGACAGAAGCAAGGAAAGGAUAUGAUACAGAAGAAUUUCCACCCCAGAUCAUUAACUUGUCAUACGAAGCAGCACACUACAUGAUUCUUGCACAUGCUAAAGCUUAUCACGUAUAUGAUGAAGAAUUUCGGGCAACUCAGAGGGGACAGAUUUCAAUAUCGAUGGAAUCAAUGUGGGGAGAACCCUUUGACAGAAAUAAUCAGAAUGAUGUAGAUGCAGCAGACAGAUUUAUGCAGUGGGAAAUGGGUUGGUUUAUGCAUCCUCUCAUCUAUGGUGAUUAUCCACUCAUAAUGAAGAAGAAAAUAUAUGAGAAGCGAAUGCAAGACAAUACUCCUGAAAGUUUCUUUCCACAAUUUACAGAAGAAGAAAAAGAAUUCAUCAAAGGAACUGUUGACUUUUUGGCACUAAACCAUUAUACAACCAACUAUAUCAGCCAAGGAGAUAUUUAUGGAAACAAGACAGCUCCAAUUCUGUCAGCUGAUGAAUGCAGAGAUAUUCCAACUGCUAUACCUGAAUUACCACCUCUACCAGAAAUACCAGAUUUGUCGUGUGCCAACGAGACAUUUCCGUUCCCACUACCGGGUGACAGUGAAUAUGAUGAGUGGGUCAAAUGGGCCAUUGAACAAAGCCCAGGACAUGGAAGCAAACAUCCGAAUGAAUACAAAGAAAAAGAUGCCACAACAAGAGCCAAUUUCGAACCAUACAUGGACAUAUUUAGAUCAUACGAUUGGGGAUGGCAAGUUGGGGUCGAAGAUCAAUAUGUUGUUCCAUGGGGUUUGAGAGAAAUAUUAAAAUGGAUGAAAGCUCAAUAUGGAGACCUGCCGAUUUAUAUAACUGCAAAUGGACUUUCUGAACCAAUAAAAGUUAAAGAAGUUUCAGACUGCAAUGAUGAAAGAAUUGGACACUAUGUUGUGGAACGUGAUGUUGGACUGGAUGACAGAGAGAGGGUGGAAUAUCACAGAGCUUAUAUUGACGAAGUAUUAAAAGCAAUACAUCUCGAUAAUGUUGAUGUUCGAGGAUAUUUUGCAGAUUCUCUGAUGGAUGGUUUUGAAUACUUAUCUGGUUACACAGAAAGAUUCGGUCUCUACAGAGUAAAUUUUGAUACAUAUGAAAGAACAGCUAAGAGUUCUGCACACUUUUAUGCAUCUCUGAUUCGAGAAAAUGGAAUUCAUGAACCAAAGCAUCAAUGCCAACCAGAUAAUGAAAGAGAUAGAAUGGUUUAUGGAAAAUUCCCUGAAGAUUUUGCGUGGUCAUCAGCAACAUCUGCUUAUCAAAUAGAAGGAGGAUGGAAUGCAAGUGAUAAAGGAUUGAGCAUUUGGGAUACUUUUGCUCAGGAAGGAGGCCAUGUGGCCAACAAUGACACUGGAGAUGUGGCUUGCGACAGCUAUAAUAAAUAUGAGACUGAUGUACAAAUGUUGAAAGACAUGUCAGUUGGUUACUAUCGUUUCUCAAUAUCAUGGCCAAGGGUAAUUCCUACAGGAGAAUUGGCAGCUAAUGGAAGUGGUUGGAGUCAAGCUGGAAUUGAUUAUUAUAAUAAAGUGAUUGAUGAACUGCUCGCUAACGACAUCACUCCUAUGGUGACACUUUAUCAUUGGGACCUACCUCAGGAUUUACAAGACAAAUAUGAUGGAUGGUUGGAUCAAACUGGUGCAAUUGAUGAUGCUUUUGAAGCAUAUGCAGAUCUGUGUUAUAAAUCAUUUGGAGACAGAGUCAAAUUCUGGAUUACUUUUAAUGAACCUUUCAUUGUUGCAUAUUUGGGAUAUGGAGUUGCCUCAUUUGCACCUGGACAUUAUGACGAAGCUAAGGGACAAUAUUAUGCAAGUCACAGUAUACUGAAGGCUCAUGCAAAAGCUUGGCAUAAGUAUGAUGACACAUACAGAGCUGAUCAGGGCGGUCAAUGUGGAAUUACAUUAAACUCAAACUGGGUUGAACCAAGAAUAGCUACUGAUCCAGAGUACAUUGCUGCUGCGGAAAGAAGUUUGGCAUUCAGUACUGGUUGGUGGGCUCAUCCAAUAUUUCUUACUGGAGAUUAUCCUGAAGUGAUGAGAGAGAAUGUUGCAAAAAGAAAUGAAUACUACAACAUUACAGAACCCAGGUUGUUAGAAUUCACAGAGGAAGAAAAACAAAUGAUAAAAGGAACUUCUGAUUUCUUUGGAUUGAAUCAUUACACAAGCAAUCUCAUUUUUCCGAAUUCAUAUUAUCCAGAAAAGGGUCCAACAUAUGAUUCAGAUCAAGAAGCAAGUGGUGAUGGAUGUGCUGAAUGGCCUGGAUCUGGAUCGGAUUGGUUAGUUCAGGUACCAUGGGGCAUAAGGAAGCUAUUGAAUUGGAUAAAAAGAACAUAUGGAGAUCCUGAUAUUUAUGUCACUGAAAAUGGAAUAUCAGAAAAGGAUCGAUUUGAGUUGAAUGAUGAAUUUCGAAUAACUUAUUACAAGAACUACAUUAAUGAAGUUUUCAAAGCUGCUACAAUUGAUGAUGUGAAAGUAAAAGGAUAUACAGCUUGGUCUCUUAUGGAUAACUUUGAGUGGGCAAUGGGUUAUACAGAACGUUUCGGAUUAUAUUAUGUCAACUUCUCUGAUCCAGCUAGGCCACGAACUCCAAAAGCUUCUGCAGAAUAUUACAAAAGUUUAGUUGAAUUCAAUGGAUUUGAAAGAGAUGCAACUGAACCAUGGACUUAUUUCUGGGGAAAGAGUGAUAUUGAUCAAGAGACAUUUUACUAUGAUCGAUUUCAAAAUGGUUUUAUUUGGGGAGCAAGUUCAUCAGCAUAUGGAGUUGAAGGUGCUUGGAACUUGGAAGGGAAAGGUGAAAACAUCUGGGACACGUUCACGCAUGCAAGUGAUUCCUCAAUCCCAAUCAGCGAGGAAAUGAACAGUACAUACAUUCCAUACAGUAUCCUGGAUGAUUAUUCAUCUCUUAAAACUGGUGAUAUAGCAUGUGACUCCUAUUACAAAGUGGAUCCUGAUAUACAGUUGUUGAAGGGUGUUGGAGUAUCACAUCACAAAUUCUCUAUCUCAUGGUCUCGUUUGUUCCCAACUGGAGAAGUAUCUGAGAAUGGAGUGAAUGCUGAUGGUCUGGAUUAUUACAAUAGGCUCAUUGAUGGAUUGCUGAAAAAUGGAAUACAUCCAGUAGCUACCAUCUAUCAUUAUGAUUUACCACAGUCUUUAGAAGAUCAAGGAGGAUGGUUAAAUGACAACAUUGUUACCUGGUUUAACUCAUAUGCUGACUACUGCUUCAAUAAAUUUGGUGAUAGAAUCAAAACAUGGAUUACGAUUCAUGAUCCUUACUCAGUGGCUUGGAAAGGUUAUGGAUCUGGAGAGCAUGCACCAGGAAAAUCCGAUGCUCCUGAUAGUGAUCCAUACGCUGUUGGAAAGAAUCUACUGCUAGCUCAUGCAGCUGCUUAUAAUACUUAUAACUCAACAUACAAGACAUUGCAAGGAGGCCGAGUUUCAAUUGCAUUAUCAACAGACUGGUUUGAACCGGUUGAUUCCAGUUCUAGUUCACCUAUGGAUAUUGAUGCUGCCAUGAGAGUUUCAGAUUUUAGACUUGGUUGGUUUGCCAACCCAAUAUUUGUUGAUGGGGAUUAUCCAACAAUCAUGAAGCAACAGAUGGAUACAGUCAGCCCUGGAAAUUUGCCAAAUUUAACCAGUAAUGUGCAAGGAACUGCUGAUUUCUUUCUCCUCAUCCCUGGAACUGCUUAUCUCGUUUCUGAUUUUGCACCACCUGGAGCUGUGGGUGUUUUAAAACAUCAGGAUGCCAGAUUCACUCAAGAUCCAAGUUGGAUGAAUGAUUUCCCAAAUGCAGCUUCUGAAUAUCGUGUUUCCUGGUCUAUAAGGAGAAUAUUAUAUCUUGUAUCAACCAAAUACUCUCAAAAUUUGCCAGUAUUUAUAGAUGAUUCAGGAUUCCAAACAUCGGAUAGCAUUCAAGAAAUUGAUGAUUAUGAAAGGGCUGAAUAUUAUCAAACUCAUAUUAGUGAAGUUCUCAAAGCCAAAUAUGAAGACUUGGUUAAUGUUGUUGGAUUUUUCACCCAUUUGAUGGAUUCAUUUGAAUGGGAAAAAGGUUUCACACAACGAUCAGGACUUUAUCACAUUCGUUUCAGCAACAUUUACAAACCAAGAACUGCAAAAACAUCUUCAAAGUCCUACAGUGAAAUUAUUCGGCAAAAUGGUUUCCGACUUCCUGCCACAGAUUCCUGGCAGUACGGAACAUUCCCAGAAGGUUUUGCAUGGGGUGUUUCUGACUCUGCCUUCUCAAUUGAAGGUUUUCCAAAUGCAGAGGGAAAAGAAGAAAGUAUGUGGGACAACUGGGUAACAGAUUAUGGAAAUGCAUCAGGAGUAUAUGCUCUCAGUCCUACAGAAUAUUCCGAAUAUGUUUAUAAAACCGGAGUUUCUCACUACAAAGUUUCAAUAUCAUGGCCUAGAAUACAAUCUGACCCAUUAGCAAUUGGCCAUUAUCAAGAUUUGUUUGCUGAACUCAAAAACAAUGGUACUUCAGUGGUCGCCGUAUUAUAUGACCAUGACAUGUUACAAAAUUUAUCAACUACGAACAAUGGAUGGGCUGAUGAAAGCAUCAUUGCAGAAUUUGCUGAUUAUGUAUCAGAUUGUAUCUUUAACCUUGGAGAAUAUGUGUCACAUUGGAUUACUUUUGCUAAUCCUUAUGAAGAGAUUAUCAAGGGUUACAAUGGUGACAUCUGGCCUCCUGGAUUGGUUGAUGAACGACUUGGUUUACAAGCUGCUCAUAACAUGUUAAGAGCUCAUGCUGAGGCUCACAAAAUACUCAAAGCUUCGCCUUUUUCCGGUACCCCGAUGAGUAUGUCUGUGCUUGUGGACUGGAAGGGUCCAAGCAAUCCCAAUAUUCAGCAAGAUAUUGAUGCAAGUGAAAACGCGAUGUUGGAAAGUGCUGCUUGGUUCCUAGAUCCGUUAAUAAAUGGAGAUUAUCCGCAAUAUCUUAAAGAUAAACAUGGAAGUGACUUGCCUGUGUUUACAGCAUCAGAAAGGGAUAACUUGGCUAUUGACUUCAUUGCAAUGGAACAUCAUACUACAUGGCUUAUUGAUUCACAAUCUGCACAAAGACAGUCUGCCACUGCCAUAAAUACAGCAUCUCCCGAAAUAAGAGUGAGUCCUAAUGGAAUGAGAAAGGCUUUGUCUUGGUUGAAAAAUCGAUAUAACAACAUGGAUAUUAUUGUAACAAGUAAUGGACUUCCAGAUGAAGCAAAUUCUGAUGUAACAGGAACUGAGCUGCAAGAUUACAGAUCAAACUACAUUAAUGAAGCUUUGAAAGCUUAUGUACAAGAUGGUGUCAGUGUCAAAGGAUAUUUCACUCGAUCUUUGUUUGAUGGUUAUGAAUGGGAUCUGAAAUAUACUGCAAGAUUUGGAUUGUUUCAUAUAGACUUUGACUCAGCUGAUUUUACAAAAACAGCAAAGUCAUAUAUUACGAGCUACAGAACGAUAAUAGAUAACAAUGGAUUUCCUAUCGAGACUUCUACUGGAGAUUAUGGUUUGCAACCAACAGAAGUUAUAUGGCAGGAACCUACGGAUUCAACAACAUCAAGAAAAAGUAGAGCCAUAAAAGAUCCAAUCACUGCUUCAACUGUCCCCUCUGAAGCAAGUGUGUCAGUGUGGAAGGACUUCAGUGGACAAUCACGUAGGGAAAGAGAUGAAUUUCAUUAUGGUGUUUUUCCAGAAGGUUUCAAAUGGAGCACAUCUACAUCAGCUUAUCAGAUUGAAGGAGGAUGGAAUUCAGAUGGCAAAGGACCAAACAUCUGGGAUACUUUUUCACACGAAAUCAAUAACACUGCAAAUAAUGAAACUGGAGAUAUUGCCUGUGAUAGUUACCAUAAAGUUGAAGAAGACAUUAACAUGGUCAAAUUAUUGGGAGUAAAUCAGUAUAGAUUCUCAUUAUCAUGGUCUCGUAUUUUCCCUGAUGGUGGAGUGGGAAAUGCUGGUGUGAACCAACCUGGUGUCGAUUAUUAUAAUAAACUUAUUGAUGGUCUGCUUGAAGCUGGAGUUGAACCGGUUGUGACACUCUACCAUUGGGAUCUUCCUCAGGCGUUAGAAGACAUUGGUGGACUGAGAAACGAAACUAUAAUAGAAUACUUCAAUGAUUAUGCUGAUUUUUGUUUCAAAACAUUUGGAGAUAGAGUUAAAUUCUGGAUAACAUUUAAUGAACCAUACGUCAUCUGUUGGCUCGGAUAUGGAAUAGGUGUAUUUGCUCCUGGAGAUAGCACUGCACCUGGUGAGAUGCCAUACAAAACAGCACAUAAUCUCAUCAAAGCCCAUGCUCGUGCAUUUCACACAUAUGAUGAGAAGUACAGAACAUCACAGAACGGAAAGUUAGGAAUGACUAUGAGUACAGAAUGGGCUGAACCUAAGGAUCCAUCUAACCCAGAUGAUGUUGCAGCAGCCGAUCGAUUUGUACAGUCUAUUCUUGGUUGGUUUGCGCAUCCCAUAUUCAAAAAUGGAGACUAUCCUGAUUCAUUGAAGUGGCAAGUUGGAAACAAGAGUGAACUAGCAGAUUUGCCUCAAUCUCGACUUCCUGCCUUUACUGAAGAGGAGAAAGCAAUGAUAGUUGGGACCUAUGAUUUCUUUGCAAUCAAUGGAUAUACAACCAGAAUCAUUAAUUAUGACUUGAAACCACUUAAAAUAGAAGGAAAAACUGGAUCAGAAGCUUACUCAUAUUCAGAUGACAGAGACUGUCAUGAAGAACCAGUACCGGGUGCCAUACAAGCUGUUCCUGAUUGGCUGCAAAUUGUUCCAUGGGGAAUGAGAAGAUUGUUAAACUGGAUUGAUCGUGAAUAUAAUCAUCCUCCUAUAUAUAUCACUGAGAAUGGUGUUGGAAUGGACGUGGCAACAACUGAUGAUCAAAUUAGAAUUAUGUUUUACAAAGCUUACAUUAAUGAAGCAUUAAAAGCUGCACUAAUAGACGGUGUGGACUUGCGGGGUUAUACAGCCUGGUCUUUGAUGGAUAACUUCGAAUGGGCAAGUGGAUAUGGUCCAAAAUUUGGUUUAUUCAAUGUCGAUUUCAACGAUCCUUCCAGACCUAGAACUCCAAAACGAUCUGCGACUUUUUACAAGGAAAUAAUACAAAAUAAUGGCUUCCCUGCAUUGGAUAGAGAUACUCCUAUUGUAGGCAAAUUUCCAGACAAUUUUAUAUGGGCAACAGCAACCUCAUCUUAUCAGAUUGAAGGUGCUUGGCGACAAGAUGGUAAAGGUCUCAGUAUUUGGGAUAGAACUUCACAUACACCAGGUCUUGUAGCCAGUGGAGACACUGGAGAUGUUGCGUGCGACAGUUAUAAUAAAAUUGAUGAGGAUGUUGCAAUCUUGAAAGAUAUUGGAGUCACUCAUUACAGGUUCAGUUUGUCUUGGCCUAGGAUACUUCCAACUGGAAAGUAUGAAUCGGAUGCUGACAUAAACUGGGAAGGUCUUCAGUAUUAUAAAAAUUUUACUAAUGCAUUGUUGGCUGCUGGUAUAGAGCCAAUGGUUACACUCUAUCAUUGGGAUCUACCAUUGCAACUAGAGGAAGAAUAUGGUGGCUGGUUGGGAGAAGAAAUUAUUGGAUGGUUCACGGAGUAUGCGCGAGUUUGCUAUCGCGAACUCGGCGAUAAAGUAAAACUGUGGAUUACUUUCAAUGAACCUUGGGUUUUCACAUAUCUUGGAUAUGGUGUGGCUGGUCAUUCACCAAAUAAAGCUGACAAUCCAGGUUUAGAUGAAUAUCUUGCUGCUCACAAUGUUAUUUUAUCUCAUGCUGAAGCUUACAAAUUGUAUCGUGCUGAGUUUGCUGCAGCCCAAAAAGGUCAAGUUGGAAUCACCCUCAACUGUGAUUACUCAGAAGCAAGAAACACAGAGAGUUGGUUAGAUCGAGAUGCAGCUGAAAGAACGUUACAAUUCUUUUUGGGUUGGUUCGCUCAUCCUGUAUAUGUUAAUGGGGAUUAUCCUGAAGUUAUGAAGACUCUCAUUGCUGCUAGGAGUGCUGCACAAGGCCUAGCGUCAUCAAGGUUGCCUGAAUUUACAGAGGAACAGAAAACUAGGAUUGCUGGAACAUUCGAUUUCUUUGGACUAAAUCAUUAUACAUCAACUUUGUCUUUCAACAAUUUUAUCCAAGAUUUAGCAGUGACUAGCUAUGAUUCUGAUAAGGAAGUCUCUACAAGUUCUGAUAUAACUUGGCCACAAGCACAAUCUGAAUGGCUUAAGGAGGUACCAUGGGGUCUCCGACGACUUCUUAACUGGAUCAAGAAAAAUUAUGGUGAUGUUCCAAUUUUGAUCACAGAAAAUGGUUUAUCAGAAGCCGGAUCUUCAGAAGAUCUGAAUGAUUGGUGGAGAAAAGAGUUUUACACACGAUAUAUUAAUGAAGUAUUGAAAGCCAUUAUUGACGAUGGAGUAAAUGUGAUUGGAUACACAGCUUGGUCUUUGAUGGACAACUUUGAAUGGGCGAUGGGUUACGAAGAGAGGUUUGGAAUUCACUGGGUCAAUUUUACUGACCCCAACAGACCAAGAAUACCAAAAGCAUCAGCUUCGUGCUUAAAAGAGUUAUUCACCAGAAAUGAAUUCCCCGCUGAGGGAUUGGAAAUGUGUAGAAAUGAUGAUACAGAACCAGUUACUGAACAACCAACAACCACUCCUGAAAUUACAGAUGAACCAACAGAACCACCAGUCACAGAACCACCAGAAACUGAAACACCACCUGAGACAGAGGAACCAGAAACAGAUCCACCAGAGACAGAACCCCCUGUAACAGAGGAACCGGGAAAUCCUGAAGAAAUCGCUCCUCCAUUUUUCCUUGGUACGUACAUGACGACUCAGGAUGCAGAAGCUGCUUUGAAUGCAAUGUUUGGUCUAACAAUUGCAUUUUUCUUGACUACAAUCGUUUCAGGUCUAUUCAUAUUCAAAUUAUUACGAACACCAGCAUCCAUGGCAAAGAAAUUGGCAGAUGACGUUGUGUUCACCAAUAAUGGAGUUGAGAAAGGAGAGAAAUCAAAAGAUAAUGAGUUGAAUCUUACUUCAUUGUAAAAUCUUCGGAGUUCAAAGGGAAAUUUUCAUAUUAAAUAAAAAACUUUUUGAAAUUGAUGGAUUUUUUUCUUUCAUUAAGUGCAAUUAAUUUUUUACAACUAUCGUAAUUAAGAUGUGUUUUUUGGGUAAUUUCAAAUAUUUGUAAAAAAUAGUACAAAGGUGCGAGAAAUGUUUCAAAAAUGAAUGUGAUGGAUUUUUUUGAUGUUUUCUUAUUGAUGACGAAUAUAGAUAACAAUAUCUCCUAAUUUGAACUCAGAAACGGUGCAAAAUUAUUUUAAUGGAAUCUUCUUGUAUAUAAGCUUUAAGCUUUGAUUAAUAUAAUAAUACUCAUUUUAGGUGAUAGAUUUUGAAGUUAAUUAUGUGUUGCCUUUUUCGUUAUUUGCACUGCUCGAAUCUUCAAGUUUAGGCAAUCUAUCAAUAAAAAUAAAUUUUAUAAAAUUC